UCUGCAAAGGGUUCUCUUUCUUCAGAUCCAACUUGUUUCAUUUCUUGUAAAAACAAAGUUUACAAUGCCUUGGAUUUGUUCUGCACUUUGUUCACUGUAAUGCUGCUUGUUUUCUAUGCAUCCAUUCUUUGAUUCCCUGCUUUAGCGUGACAAAAUUAAAGAAAGCAUCUUUUAAUAAAAUUACAUGACAUAAAUAGCAAUGGUUGGAAAUGUUGAGAAUGAGAAGAUCCAAGCGUUGCCAGAGGAUUUUGUGACAACAACGGUUGAUGAUGAGGUGGAGAAGAAGAGGGAGAUUUCGCUCGGAAGGAACGUGCACACCACAUGCCAUGAAGUGAGUGAGCCCGAUGACGACGAUGAUUCCACUGGCGACGGGGAAGCUUUUAUGGCCAGCGUCUUGGCUCGCUACAGAAAGUCUUUGAUUGAAAGGACCAAGCAUCAUCUUGGCUACCCCUAUAACUUGGACUUCGAUUAUGGUGUACUGGGACAGCUUCAGCACUUCUCCAUCAACAACCUUGGGGAUCCGUUUAUCGAGAGCAACUACGGUGUUCAUUCCAGACAGUUUGAGGUGGGCGUUCUGGACUGGUUUGCGCGCCUGUGGGAAUUGGAGAAGAACGAAUACUGGGGCUACAUUACAAAUUGUGGUACAGAGGGGAACCUUCAUGGUAUUUUGGUUGGGAGGGAAGUGUUUCCAGAUGGCAUUCUUUAUGCUUCAAAAGAUUCACAUUAUUCUGUGUUUAAGGCAGCAAGGAUGUAUAGGAUGGAAUGUGUAAAGGUGAACACUCUUGUCUCUGGUGAGAUUGAUUGUGAUGACUUCAAAGCCAAACUUCUUUGUCACAAGGACAAGCCAGCCAUCCUAAAUGUUAACAUUGGAACAACUGUUAAAGGAGCGGUUGAUGAUCUUGAUCUGGUUAUACAGAAACUUGAAGAAGCUGGCUUCACACACGACCGGUUCUAUAUCCACUGUGAUGGGGCUCUGUUUGGUCUCAUGAUGCCUUUCGUCAAACGAGCACCAAAAGUUACUUUCAAGAAACCCAUAGGAAGUGUGAGUGUUUCAGGCCACAAGUUUGUUGGAUGCCCAAUGCCAUGUGGUGUGCAAAUAACAAGACUGAAGCACAUUAAUUGCCUCUCAAGCAAUGUGGAGUAUCUUGCUUCAAGGGAUGCAACAAUCAUGGGCAGCCGAAAUGGGCAUGCUCCUAUUUUCCUUUGGUACACCUUGAAUCGAAAAGGAUACGGAGGGUUCCAGAAAGAAGUUCAGAAAUGCCUUAAGAAUGCACAUUACUUAAAAGACCGCCUACGCGAGGCCGGGAUUGGUGCAAUGCUGAAUGAGCUGAGUAGCACGGUUGUGUUUGAGCGGCCGCAAGAGGAGGAGUUUGUUCGCAAGUGGCAGCUUGCUUGCCAAGGAAAUAUCGCUCAUGUGAUUGUAAUGCCCAACAUCACCAUUGAAAAGCUUGGUGAUUUCUUGAGUGAGCUUCUUCAGCAUCGUGCCAAAUGGUUUCAAGAUGGAAAGCUUCAAGCUCCUUGUAUUGCGUCGGAUGUGGGCACAGAGAAUUGUCUAUGUGCUUCGCACAAGUGA